CGCUCCGCGGGGCGCCGUGCGGCCCCAGUCCGGGGGAGGAGCUCGGCUGACUCCGCCCCCGGCCAGGAAGUGACUCCAAAAACAGUUCGAGAUGUGAAGAGAGGUCCCUGUUGGGUGAGAAAUCCGGGAAGGCCCGCCCAGAUUCGAGCCCCUCCAGCCCCCAGUCUUUCUCCGCUGGGCCCGGGCCGGGGGCGCAGACGAAGUUGGGGCCGACGUACACCUAGAGACACCGGCUGAAGAGGACCCAACGUGUGGCCGAGGUCUGGGUGGCCAAGCAGCCAUGCCUACCUGGGGGGCUGGCUCCCCGUCCCCUGACCGCUUUGCCGUGUCUUCGGUGGCCGAGGACAAGGUACGGGAGCAGCAACCCCAUGUGGAACGCAUCUUCCGCGUGGAGAUGAGCAUCCUCCCGAAGGACUGCCCUGAGAACCCUCACAUCUGGCUGCAGCUGGAGGGCCCCAAGGAAAACGCUAGCAGAGCCAAGGAGUACCUGAAGGGUCUCUGCAGCCCGGAGUUGCAGGAUGAAAUCCACUACCCACCAAAACUGCACUGCAUCUUCCUGGGGGCCCAAGGCCUCUUUCUUGAUUGCUUGGCUUGGAGCACCUCAGCCCACCUGGUACCUGGGGCGCCUGGCUCACUGAUGGUCAGUGGCCUGACAGAGGCCUUCGUCAUGGCUCAGAGCCGAGUGGAGGAGCUGGUAGAGCGGCUGAGCUGGGACUUGCAGCCAGGGUCAUCUGCUGGAGUCUCUCAGUGUGCUGGAGUGCUGAGAGACUUCUGUGCCCUGCUGCAGCCCCCGGGGGAUGUCCACCGAGAGGCCCUGCUGCAGCUGCCCCUAGCCGUCCAGGAGGAACUGCUGAGCCUGGUGCAGGAGGCAUCCAGGGGGCAGGGGCCCCAAGGGCUUCCUUCCUGGGAGGGGGAGAACCCAGGCCUGCUGGGUGCUCCACACCAGGGAGUCAGAGCUCCCCUGAGUGAAGGCAGGGGGUCCUUAGACACUGGGCCUACAGGGUGGCAAGAGUCAAGGGGAGAGGGACAUGCUAUGGAGAAGCAGGGAGGGAAGCAGGGUGGUCCCAGGGAGAUGGAUUUGGGAUGGAAGGAGCUGCCUGGGGCAGAGGCCUGGGAGAAAGAAGUGACCUUCAGGUCACAGUUAGGGGGAGGAGACGCAGGGCAGGAAGGGCUCCUGAAGGGGAAGGCCAUGGGGAAGGAGGGGAUGCCUCAGGAAAGAGGAAGGUUCUGUAUACAGGGUGAGCCUCCUGGUGCCCAGGGUCCCUGUCAGAGGGCAGCUCAGCUCCGGGGAGCCUCUCUCCUCCAGCGGCUCCACAAUGGGGAAGCCUCACCUCCCAGGGUGCCUAGCCCCCCGCCUGCACCUGAACCCCCGUGGUACUGUGGAGACCGAGGAGACAGGGGAGACAAGCAGCAGGUUGUGGCUCGAGGUCGCGGGUCUCCAUGGAAACGAGGCACCCGGGGGGGCAACUUGGUGACUGGCACACAGCGUUUCCAGGAGGCCCUACAGGACCCUUUUACCCUGUGCCUUGCCAAUGUACCUGGCCAGCCAGACCUCCGCCACAUUGUCAUUGAUGGCAGCAACGUGGCCAUGGUGCAUGGCCUCCAGCACUACUUCUCCAGCCGGGGCAUUGCCAUUGCUGUGCAGUACUUCUGGGACCGUGGCCAUCGGGACAUCACUGUCUUUGUGCCUCAGUGGCGCUUCAGCAAGGAUGCCAAGGUCAGAGAGGGUCACUUCCUGCAAAAGCUCUACUCUCUCAGUCUGCUCUCCCUCACUCCCUCCCGAGUCAUGGAUGGCAAGAGGAUCUCCUCCUAUGAUGACAGGUUCAUGGUGAAGCUGGCUGAAGAGACUGAUGGGAUCAUUGUCUCUAACGACCAGUUCCGGGACCUGGCGGAGGAGUCCGAGAAGUGGAUGGCAAUCAUCAGAGAGCGCCUGCUGCCCUUCACUUUCGUGGGAAACCUCUUCAUGGUCCCUGAUGACCCACUGGGGCGAAAUGGCCCCAUGCUGGAUGAGUUCCUGAAGAAGCCAGUCAGGGCACAGGAGUCUUCUAAGGCUCAGCAUCCAUCCAGGGGCUUCACAGAACACAGUAAUCAGCAGCAGGGGAGAGAAGAGGAGGAGAAAGGCAGUGGUGGCAUUCGGAAGACCCGGGAGACAGAGAGGCUCCGGCGCCAGCUGCUGGAAGUGUUUUGGGGCCAGGAUCACAAGGUGGACUUCAUCCUGCAGCGGGAGCCCUACUGCCGGGACAUCAACCAGCUCUCUGAGGCCCUGCUCAGUCUCAAUUUCUGAGCCUCGCCAGCCCGAGUGGCUGUCUCCCCAUCAGCAUCAGCCUUGCCCAGCUUAGCCUCUUCUGUGAAGAUCCCCGUGAUGCUCAGACCCUGACCUAGACCCACUCUGAGUUGGUGCCUUGGGUCAGGGAAGGACAGAGGAAGAGCAUUCCAAUGUUCUUGCCUGGGGCACUUUGGGGACAGGUCCAUAAAGUGACCCGAUCUCCUCUUGAGGCAGGACCUCAACCAGCUCUCAAGAGGUUCUGUUCAGUUCCAGCUCCUCAACUGUAGCACAGGGUUUCUGUUGGGAGUGGGGCUGCCAGAAAGAGUAGGUCCUGGAGAUUGGGACUGCCAGCUCCUCCUUGAAGCUGAGUUGGGGAUGGAAGCUGGAGUGCGCAGGAGGGGAAUGAAACAGGUGGCAAGAAAGCUGAGCCUUUACUACCCCUGGCUGCUGCUCUGGAUAGCCAGAGGACAGGAUGCUUCCCAGGCCUGGCAGGGCUCCUGGGAGCCUUGAAGGGAAUGCUGGGCCCUGGAAAGGCUAGUGUGACGGGGUCUGGGUCACAGUGGUGCAGCAGGGAGCUGGUGGGAAAGGUAGAGGAAGACUUGGCUUCUGGUCUCAGCUAUGCCUGUCUGUGACCUUGAAUGAGCUACUUGGCCUUUACUUCUGCCUUUAAAUCAGAUGUAAAAAUGCCUGUUGGGAGAAAUGAGAACAUGGAGGAGGGUUCUUUGGAGGAAAAGUACUUGGACCAAGUCUCAGGUGUGUCUGACUGCACAGGCUUCCAAACCAAAACCUCACUUUCAGAGAACCGAGGGUCCUCUGUGCCCAGGGCCUGUGCCCUAGAUUUUAACAUUGCACCCUCAUGAUGUGCCCUAUAAUGGCUGCGUCCCUUUUGGGCAACCCCCAAAUCCACAUUUACAAAACAGUUAGUUAGGGGUGACUGUUUGCAUUACCAGAAUACUCUCAGGGUUCCUCUAAAUGGCAGCUCUCCUGUUGCAUUCGUGUUGUUUACAGAUUGACGAAUGUGUCAGAAAGUCCCCUGUUCAGUGCACGCGUGGUGUUGUGAACUCAAUGGAAGCCAUGCUCUGCAAUGACAAUGUGAUCUAACCCUAGUGUUUUCUCUACAGAACACAUGUUGCAUAAAGCGAGGCCCACUUCUGCUUUGUGUGUGAGUAUAUAUAUAUAUGGGGGGUUAUACAGGUUGUAUGUAGAUGAGCUAAUUAUCUGGAAAAUGAAAACUGAAGAAUUAUUAGAAUACGGAGACUCAGAUCAACUGCCAUCCUGUUGGAACAUUCUGCCCCGAUUCCUACAGGUCAUUGUCCUGUAUCGGCUUGAAGUCCUCCCGUGCCAGGGACUGACUGCUUCCAAGUAAUGCUUCCUCUAGUGCAGCCCUGAUUCGUGCUUCUGUCUUUGAGGCUGGUCAUUCCUCCAGGAACAAUACUAGGCUGGCCAACUUCCUAGAGUCCAAGACUGGAUAAAGAGGAGGGACAGGGACCGCAGGGUUCUAUGUUGUCUGGGCCUUGGGCAAGCCCCUGGACAGGAUCCUUUUCGGGCUCUGGCUUCUGCUACCUGAGCAGCACUGGGAGCUGAAGGCUGCCACCCCAGUUCCUCAUUCCAGCAACUAGUGGGAGCUGAGUGGUGAUGGGUGGUCUUUGGGUCCUACUGUCUGCCCCUCCUCCCUGUUGUGAUGUGUACCGCUAGACCUAGUCAGGGAGGUAGGUGACAGGGACUCAAAGUCCCUUUUUAAGAAAGGUGUUUGGUUAAUAUGGCCCCAGUUGGGGGCCUAGAGGAACUACUGGUCGAGUUGUGGCAGGUAUCAGGGUAUGUAAGCAGGGAGAGGGUCUUAAAUGAACACUUGGGGUUUCUUUUUACCUGUUAGGGCUGUUUACAGUUUGGGGUACAUUCCUUGCCCCUUUCACUUUCAGCGAUGGUGGGUGUGAAGUACACCAGAGGUUUCUUUCCUUUUGUGCCUGGGACUCUGGCUGACUGAGUGGCCUCAAUCAGAUGUGAGGCCAGUCCGAAGCUUCUUACAGACAGGGUUGUUGGCUUACUCCCACAGCUUGUUGAACUGGGACCAUUGUGUGAUCGUUUUAUUAAUUCACUGCCGUUCAGCAGCACACCGAAGGCUGUCCUAGACUUGGGUCUCACCUCUUCCUCUGCUGGCAUCCUAAUGGUAUCAUGUGAACAAGUAUGUAGGGUAACCACAGAACUCGUUGGAAAUGGAUCAUCACCUCUCUUGUGUUCCAGUGUCUGCCAUCAUCAUAACCUCAUGCCUCAAAUUUGUUUCCAGCUCUUUAGAGGGAACAAAAAGGGAGGUAAUUCCCAUUGUAACUUUACAAACCCCACAUAGGGGGUCUUCAAGGGUGACACUCCUUGAGAUAAAUUCAAGGAGAAUCUAGGCUAAAGAGACGAGCCAAAACCAAUGAGAUAACUUAUCUUUAUUGCCUAAACUGUUAGAGCAUUCACUACAUAGCAAAAGAGAAAUGGGGCAGGAAUGGGUCAUGUAGGGGUACUGAAUGUGGAGACUUUCACAAGGAGUCGAAGAUGUUACGGUCCCAACCUGAUGAGACUGCACUCUUGAAACAGUGGACAGGCGAAGUGCAGCAACAGAAUAAUGAGAAAGGACAGGGAGGAGAGGAAUCCCCAAGAACCAGAUGGGCUCACAUGGCAAGCAGAGUACUUCAUCCUCCUCAGUCCCUACCUGGGAAGCCUCUGUUGAGGGCCAGGCCGUGGUCUCUGCCAUGAACUUUCUCGCUUAGGCUAUGACUUCCUUCAGUGCAGGCCCCAGCUCUGGGAAGGAAUACUGGUAGCCAGUGGCCAGUGUCCGCCGUGGGAUCACCUUCUGGCCCUCCAGCAGCAUGAUGGCACGCUCUUGCCCAAAGACAGCUUGCACGAUGGUGCUAGGGAGAGGGAUGAAGGCUGGGCGGCCUAGAGCUGUGCCCAAGGCCUGAGCAAACUCAGCAUUUGUAGUGCUAUAGGCUGGAGCCACGCCGUUCAGGACACCCUGCACGUGGCUGGCUUCAAUAGCAUGGGCCAGGAUUCCUACCAGGUCCCCAAUGUGAAUCCAGGGGAAGAACUGUUGGCCGGAGCCGAUGGGGCCCCCCAGGCCCAGGCGGAAGGGUAGCAGCAUGUGACCAAUGGCACCGCCCCCACGGCCCAGCACAACCCCUAGAACAGGCAAGAAGGAUGGUACAGGGGGACCCCUCAGCUUCCAGGCAGCCUCACUGUUCCUUCCAUUUCCCCUUCCUCUUUUCCUUUGCUGGCUUAGCUCUGUAGCAGUCCAGGGGUAUGGCUGUCUUGGGGACUUCCCAUCCUCUCAUCUGCAGGUUGGCCAGAAGUGGUGGCAUCCUCACCUCAGUAAGCUCUGCUCCCCUUACCCCCCAACUCCCCCAGGAGAGAGAACACAUUCCAACCCCGCCUGAUAGGCAGGCCCCUUGUUCUCACCGGAGCGUACCACCACCUGGCGUGUAGAAUCUCCAGGAAGCCUGGCUGCAGCUUCCCAUUUGGUUACGAGAUUGGAGAAAAAGUCAAAAUCCCCUCCUGGGCUGUCUUCAUCAUACUCAGCAGUCAGGCUGGGCUGGUAGUAAGCUGCCGGUGAGAUAGCACUUGUUUGCCCUGGCUGGUCCUUUGCAGUGAAGGGACCCGUUGGCCUAACCCCCCUUGGCCUUUGGGGUCUUCCCAUGGGAUGGAGAUGCAGAUAUUUUUUUCCUUGAGUGAUACCAUCAGCUGACUUGUUCCUGCCCUGGAGUAACUUAUCUUUUGCUGCAGGGCUAAGCUGAGAAACUGAUAGAGGGCUGUGGUUCAGAAUAAAUACAUGGAUGCUAGGCUGAGUUUUUUAAAUCUCAGCACUGCUUUAACUACAACUUUAGGUGAGUUACAUAACCUCUGCAAAAUCUGUAUACCUUUAAAAGGGGAACAAUUGUCUACCUCAGAGUUCUUGUGAGGAUUAAAUGCUGCAAUAUGUGUAAAA